GUAGGAGGCUAGGAGCAGACUGUUGUUUCCCAUUGGGCCUUUUGGGCUGUCGUCUUCCCAGCCCGAAUCGCGCCGCCGCACACACACAGCGCAUGACCGAACCGAAGAGAGAGCGUGACUGGGAGCAACGUGCGGGGAGCGCAAUACGCCGGGCCGCCGGCUAAGCGGGAGGCAAAGGCGAGGAUGUUGGGGUCGCGCCGGUGGCAGUCUCCGGCUGAUGCUCCUGCGGCCACCGAUGACUUGGAGGACACUGGUGGCGUCGGCGGCCCGUCCAGGCGGCCUCUGCGCCACGGGCUGCACCGCGCGUCGCCCUACGGUGGUGCCCCCCGCCGGUGGCUCUCCAAGCUCCCCGUGACUUCGAGGAUAUUCCCCACCAUGCCACGCGACCGCGCGGCCUCAGGCAGUAAUCAAGAGGUUCAUUGUGAACCACUAGAAGUUAUUCGUGAAAGACACUCCACAGAACCAAACAUCAAUGCUGCAGCUAUUCUACCAUCAAGACCUGUGAGCAAUACAUUUAACCUGCUUCUGGAAGGUGACAUGAAUCCAAGUCAUGGCAAUGGGCUUGCUGAAAUAGAGAACAUAAUCAACCAGAGAUAUUUUUCUAGGGAUGAGACACUACGUCUUAUAGAGAUCAUGCGGUCAAGGACUUCUGAUUUUACUGUUGAAGACCAGAGACCUCCAGUAUCUACUGCAAAAGGUUUUGAAACAAAAUUUUUUACACCUGCCAAACUGAUCGAGGCUCAGCCAUCUUGGAGGACUGAUAUCGUUCCAUCAUCCAAUGUGCAUGAUAUUGGUUCUUCGCCAGUUGAAAUUGCCAAAGCUUUUAUGGAAGCGCAGACCUCAGCUUCUGUACACGAGUCCAAAAAGCGGAAAUUCAGAGCUUUGAGUCAUGGAGUUGCGGUUGACAAUUCGACAUCAGAAGUUUUCCCUACAAUAACUACUGAUUCUUCUGUAAGAUGGCCUGACUCAGUUGUUCAAGGUGGUCCCAAUUAUCUUACACCACAAAGUAAUAAAGGAAGGACUCUGUCUCAGCCUCUUUCUCGCACACCAUACAAUAGCUCAGUUAUUCGAAGAUAUAUUAAGAACAGCAGGCAUGGUGAUAUGCACAAUAAUGGACAGACACAAUUUCCCACUCCAUUUUCUAUUGGAAGUAAGAAACCACGUAGGUACAAGGUGGAACUGGAAGACCAUCUGAGAAUACUAGAGGAUACACAUGUAUCAGCAAGUGGUGGUAUAGCGCAGCCAUCAUCUUCCAGGGGACAGAUAGAUGUUUUUGGUUCUAUUCUAAGAGAAGGUUCGACUGCAAUAAACAAUGUUGCAUUCAACCUGCAAGAGUCAGAUGGUAAAAGCAUGACAGAAAGCAGAACAACUUUUGGACGUGCUUCAGGUGUAGACAAUAUCUCAAGGGUUGCUUCAGUAUCUGUUCAUCCCAAGUCAAGCGAAACAGCAUUCAAAAUACUUAAGCAACUUGACAGAACUAUUCCUUCCCCUACAUCAAAGCCACUAGGGCUGAGACAGACAUUAGCCAAGAAAAAUACUUUUUCUGUUGCUACCUACAGACAGAUUAAAGAGCCUGAUAUCAUUAUCGGUAAUGAUAAUAAACAGAGCAGCAUUAAUGAGAGUGGUAGUGCUAGCUCGGAGACUACAUAUGGAAAAAAGGUUCAGCAACCUCAAAGCAGUCCUAUUUCAGGAGAGUCAAGUGAAAAAGUCCAGAGAAGCGGAGCUAACUCAGAUGUUUAUGAAGCAGGCACUUCUCAGCGUCCUCUGAAAUCAAAUCUAACACCCACUUCAGUCGCCGAGGUCUUGGAUAAUAACAACACCAGCAAAGGUUUCAGCUUCACAUUUCCUAUUCCUAAAGCUCCAAGCUCUCUACUUGAACCGCCUCCUACACCAACCAUGGCCUCGCCACCAAGGACCUUGCCAAUCACUAACGAGGAUGUUCCCAAGUUCACCUUUGGCUCAUCCAGCAUGGCCAACAAACUCGUUUUCUCCUUCAACUCCACAAGCAGUUCUCCUGGUGCUGGUGGAACAGACCCAACCUUCAAAUUUGGAUCUGAUAAUAAGCGAGAGCUUGUGUUUUGAUACAGUUUUUUUUUGAUAGACACCAUGCCCGCGGAUCUGAACUGUACCACUCUAUCUAUUCUUGGUGUAAGACGUCUUAAGAGAGUUGGAGUGUGCUACUUGAGCUACACAACAUGACAUUCUUUUCAUUCAUUAGCAUAUUCAAACAUUACAUAUUUUAGACGUCCUGCGUUGGCAGGACAUUUCCCCCA